AGGGUGGGCGAUCGAGCCACUGUAGAGAGAGCAGUCACUUACUUCCGAACGCUUACCCAGGAGCAGCCUCUCACGCGGCGCUCCUCCGCAGCCCGGUGGCUCCGUCUGUUUCCAGAUCAGCACAGUUACGAGUCCUGCUGAUGUCACAUGACGCACACUCGUGUUGUGUCGUGCGGAGCCGCAGACUGAGCGGAAGGAAGCGGAGGACACAAGCCGCCGCGAUGAAAACGUCCAUGAGCUGAAGGGAACUACGGCUUUUAGAGGAGACACACACACGCGCGCACACACACACACACAGACACCAGAGCGAGAUGCUGGGAUCGUCCGGCGCAGGAAACACGGACAUGAUGCGUGUGGAGUGCUUGGAAUAAAUAGGACACCCCAGUAAAGCAGGACAGGAGUGCAUCUGUGGUCCAGAUGAAGUGCUUGCUGAUAGCCAGUGAGAGCGCCGAGGUCCUCUUCCACUGGACUGACCCAGAAUUUCAGCAGAAUAUCCAGGCGCAGUAUGGGGCGUCUCAAGAGGAGGGCCAGGGGCUUCCAGCCUUCGAGGACAGCAUCAGCACUCUGUUUGCUCCCAUCAUUAUCUCCUGCAGCACCAUGGUGGACAGGCUGGGCGACAGCUACACCUCCUUCACCACAGAAAACAACCACAUCUAUGUUCUUCACCAGUUUGAUGAGUGUCUCUACAUUGCUGUGAAUGGAGAUGGCGAGGAGGGAGAGGAUGAUCUGAGGAGGAAGAUCUACGUAAUGAAGAAGAUUAUUGAGGUCCUGUUUGGAAUGGUCACCCUCAGCAGUAACCUCCUCAGGAGAGAACUGCGCCCUCAGGACACGGAGCAAAGAGCGAGGCUGUGGAAGCAUCUCCAGAGCCUCCUGGAGACCUACAGCCACCUCCGAGAGAACGACCAGAGCUUCUUAGUGGAGGCAGUGGAGAGGCUGAUCCACCCCACACUGUGUGAGCAGUGCAUCGAGUUCCUGGAGCGCCGUUUAGUUCAGCAGCUCAACAGCAGUGUAGAAAGAGCGAGAGAGGAGGUGCUGCAUGCCUUCAUCCUGGUUCACACCAAACUGCUCGCCUUCUACUCCAGCCGCAAUGCGAGCACACUCGCCACCUCAGACCUGCUGGCCCUCAUCAUCAUGGCACAGAACAUGUAUCCUAGCAACACAGACCUGGAUGAUCCGGGUCCUGAGGAUGUUGAGAGUACGUCAGGUUCUGGUCAUGAAAGUUUUUACACCCCAGAGCCGUCCCCUACAGACAGAGACUCGAGCAGUUCAGACAAGCCAGAGAGAGGAAGUACCCCAGUGUUUGAGUUUAUGGACCCAGACAUCCAGAUGGCAGAGGACAGCUUGCAGACCCUGGAAGUUCCUCCUCCUGACCCAUCAACCCCUCGCAGAGUCUUCUUAGAGAUCUCAGGCAAAGAUGGGCUCUAUCCCAUGAUGCCUCACUCCAUGUACUGUCUGCCACUGUGGCCUGGUAUCACGCUGGUGCUGCUAACAAAGAUUCCCACCAAUAACGUAGCCGCGUCAGUGUAUAAGUAUUUGGAGGCGUUCGCCAAGCUGGAGAAGCGUUUAAGUGAAGGCCAAGAAGGUUCUGCAGCUACGAGAGGCGCGCUGACGAUACACGACAUCCGCAGCAAACUGGAUAAAUUCAUUAAAGCCCUGGGACCUAGUGACUUACAGUCUGCACAGUUACAAAAUGUCUGGACAGAGUUCAAGAACCGAGCCUUUGCCAGAGGAGGAACGGGAUUCAACAAAGAUCUUAUCCCGUGGUGCAAGAAUAUGAAGACCCAGCUGUGUGGAAUAUACCGACAGUGUUUUCUUAUUGACUCGGGACCAGGCGACAUUCCUCAACGUCUCUCCCCGGGUUUGCAGGAACGGGCCCAGACCAUGGUGCAAGAGAAACUGAUGGACUGGAAGGAUUUCCUGUUGGUGAAAAGCAGGAGGAAUAUCACCAUGGUGUCUUACCUGGAGGACUUCCCUGGCCUCAUCCAUUUUAUCUGUGUGGACCGAUCCACAGGCCAAAUGAUUGCGCCAUCGCUCAACAUCACAGAACGCACCACGUCUGAGCUGGGGAAGGGGCCGGUGGCUCAGUUCAUCAAAAGCAAGGUUUGGAGCCUGGUCAGCACAACGCGUCGCUUUCUCCGAAAGGGUUACUCCACUGUCACAUUGCGUGAUGGAGACUUCUACUUCUGCUACUUCCUGUGGUUUGAAAAUGAAACGGGCUACAAGUUAGAGGCUGGGGACAUACCCAUCCUACCUGAUGACUCUGCCCCCAUCGGUAUGCUUGCGUGGGACUACUACAGCAGGAAGCUGCUGCGGUACUACAGUAAGAAUCACCAGGGCGAGGUGGUGAAGUGCUACGAGCUGCUGACAGUUCACCUGGGGGUCAUUCCCACCGAGAUCAUCCUCCAGCACUGCAGACAGCUGGCAAGCAAACUGUGGGAGCCUUCACGCAAUCCACUGCUGUAGACACACCCACACAUUUGAACAGAGGCACAGUAGCCAAGGUGCAUAUUAUUGCCUUAUUACUGCCAUGAAGUGCCACUCUCCAGAUAAACUGUAUCCCAUGUUCCGUGAUAUAUAUUCAGUAUGUGGUUAUGAAUCCUAUGAUAUGUUGACCUGAAGUGAUUUACUGGAAGCACUUAGGUUUAUGACUAGCGCAAUCGAACUCUGUUAUGCCCUAAUGCACUAUUUUGUUGUCUUGUAUAUAAAAUAUUGACAGUAUCACUCCUUAAUUAUUGUAGAUUGUAAUAUAUUCUCAUUUAUUACCUGUUUCCUGUUUAUAAGUAAUACUGUAGAUUGUAACACUUUUCUUCACUCUUUAAAAUUUGCAGCUGAUCUUUUUUUUUUUUUAAAUAAAUGCAGACACCGUC